GCUCACUGAGAGUCUCUCUUUUCUGCUGAAACCAAAUGAUGCUGCAGGGUUGAUUUAAGAAAGAGGAGUUAAGAGAGAUUUUUUUUAAUUAGAUGCAAGAAAUACCACUCUAUCAAUUCAGUAUUAUACGUAUUUGGAAGUCCAGUUGUAAUUAUAGAGGGUUUUGUAGCUAUAUAUUUAAAUAACUAAAACAGCAGUUCAGCAACAUUGUGAAAUGUUCACAGUCUGAAUCUCUGAUAGAGGAGUCUGUGAAGCGAUUGGUUCAUAGAAAUGUUAUAGAUAGCAAAAGCUUAAAUAAAGUGGUCAGUGUUUGCCUUUCCAGGUCCUGGUUAGAGUAAAACUUACGACAGCUAGUGUUUUGUGUGUGGGUUUUUAUUUCUUUAGAGAGAGGGAGAGAGAGAGAGAGAGCAAGCAGAAAGGGGCUAGGAAUGGUUUAUGACAGGAACUUUUAAGCUCUCAAAAGAAAGAAGAAAAAGAGAGAGCUUAUGGAUAGCUUUUGUGAGUAACUAAAAUCCUGCUAAAACCAAAGCAAAGGGAAAACUAAACUUCUUGCAGAGUGAGUACAUUCUACAUCCCAUCCUUAUGGAAGGAGAGACAGUGGGGAGUUCAGUGCGAGGCACUAGGAAGACUGCCAGCAAAGCAGUUCGGAUAGCCCUUGGUGUGUUUGUAACUUGUACUAUAGUACUUGGCAUUGCACUUUUUCUAGUUAGCCAAGGACUUCUAAAACUUCAGCCUAAGCAACAGUAUUGCUUAACUCCAGAAUGCAUCGAAGCUGCUGCUGCUAUCCUGAGCAAAAUAAACCAGUCUGCGGAUCCCUGUAUGAACUUUUAUCGGUUUGCGUGCGAUGGUUGGAUAUAUAGUAAUCCCAUUCCUGAAGACUCGUCAAACUAUGGUGUUUAUCCUUGGCUGAGGCACAAUGUAGAUCUCAAGCUGAAAGAACUGCUGGAGAAACCUCUUAGUAGAAGACGGGACAGUGAAGCUGUGCAGAAAGCCAAGAUCCUUUAUGCAUCAUGUAUGAAUGAAAAUAAAAUUGAAAGAGCUGAUGCAAAACCACUGUUAAAUAUAUUGAAGCAUUCGCCUUUCCGCUGGCCUGUGCUGGAAUCUAACAUUGGACCAGAAGGGCUGUGGUCAGAAAGGAAGUUCAGCCUGCUCCAGACCCUUGCGACAUUUCGGGGUCAGUACAGUAACUCUGUCUUCAUCCGCCUAUAUGUGGCCCCUGAUGACAAAAACUCCAGUCAGUACAUCUUGAAGCUAGACCAAGCAACCCUAUCAUUGUCAUCACGUGAAGACUACGUUGAUAACACCACAGAAGCUAAAGCUUACAGAGAUGCCUUCUUGCAGUUCAUGGUUGAUAUAGCAGUACUUCUGGGUGCCAAUGCAACACGAGCAGAGUCUGAUAUGAAGUCAGUUCUAAGGCUGGAAAUUAAAAUGGCUGAGAUUAUGAUUCCAUACGAAAAUCGAACCAGUGAGAAUAUGUACAAUAAAAUGAAUAUUUCAGAACUUAGUACCAUGAUCCCAGAGUUUGACUGGCUGGGGUACAUCAAGAAGGUGAUUGACAUCAGACUCUAUCCUGAUCUUAAAGACAUUGGUCCUUCUGAAAAAGUGAUUGUCCGUGCACCCCAAUACUUCAAAGAUUUAUUCAGAAUCCUGGAAAAUGAGAGGAAAAAGACCAUUGCCAACUAUUUGGUGUGGAGGAUGGUGUAUUCAAGAAUAUUUAAUCUUAGCAGACGCUUUCAAUAUAGGUGGCUGGAAUUUUCUCGGGUCAUCCAGGGGACCACGACUUUGUUGCCUCAGUGGGAUAAAUGUGUCAGUCUCGUUGAAGGAGCGCUCCCUUAUGUCGUUGGUAAGAUGUUUGUGGAUGUCCAUUUUCAAGAAGACAAGAGGGGAAUGAUGGAGGAAUUGACUGAAGGCAUUCGAUGGGCCUUUGUUGAUAUGUUGGAAAAGGAAAAUGACUGGAUGGACUCGGAGACAAAGAGGAAAGCUUAUGAAAAGGCAAGAGCUGUUAUGGCAAAAGUGGGAUACCCUGAAUUCAUAAUGAAUGACACAUAUAUUAUUGAAGAUGUCAAAACAAUGAAAUUUUCAGAAAAUGACUAUUUUGGCAAUGUACUACAGACCCGCAAGUACACGGCCCAGUCUGACUUCUAUUGGCUUAGAAAAGAAGUUCCAAAAACUGAGUGGUUUACCAGUCCUACUACUGUCAAUGCUUUCUAUAGUGCAUCUACCAACCAGAUCAGGUUUCCAGCAGGAGAACUCCAGAAACCUUUCUUUUGGGGAACAGAAUAUCCCAGGUCUUUAAGUUAUGGAGCUAUUGGAGUGAUUGUUGGACAUGAGUUUACCCAUGGAUUUGAUAAUAAUGGUCGUAAGUAUGACAAGAAUGGAAAUUUGGACCCUUGGUGGUCUACUGAGUCGGAAGAAAAAUUUAAAGAGAAGACAAAAUGCAUGAUUAACCAAUACAACAACUAUUAUUGGAAGAGAGCUGGCUUACAUGUAAAAGGGAAGAGGACUUUGGCAGAAAACAUUGCAGACAAUGGAGGUUUGCGAGAGGCUUUCAGGGCCUAUAGAAAAUGGAUUAAAGAGAAGAGAGAUGAUGUAGAAGAGCCUUUGUUGCCAGGCAUUGAGUUCAAUCACAACCAACUCUUCUUUCUGAGCUAUGCCCAUGUACGAUGUAAUGCCUUUAGACCAGAAGCUGCAAGAGAACAGAUACAUAUUGGAGCUCACAGUCCUCCCCAAUUCAGAGUUAUUGGUGCAAUGAGCAACUUUGAGGAGUUCCGUAAAGCUUUUAACUGCCCAAUAAAUUCAACCAUGAAUCGAGGUUCAGAAUCCUGUCGGCUGUGGUAGAGGGACCUUUCGAAUUGUAUCCUGAGAGGGGUCUAUGACAUAAACUGCUGUUUCUGAACUCUAACCUAUUGCUACAUUUUCAGAGCCUUAUUCAGCAGUGUGGAGAAUUAGCUUUCUUUUUAAUGCAUCUUCAUUAUGCCGGUAGAUAACCUGCACAGAUCUAAUCACUGUCUGUUCUGGUUCUGGCAGCUUUAAAAAUUGUACAAGAAGGGGAAAAAAACAACCCCGACAUCCCUCCAAACCCUUUCUAUGCUGGUUGCAUUGCUGUUGAUUGAUAGUUGCAUUUACCCAUCCUACUUUCUGAGUCAUAGGUCAGCAAAAGGUAAACGGUACAAUCCAGUUUUAAUCUGUUGCUUUGCAGGGGAGCUGAGCAAAAUGUUCCUAUACAAAAUUAAUUCCUUCCAGAUACAGGAAUUCAUGAGAUUUGUUGCAUAGCCAUCUCCAAUCUGCUGUGCUACAACAUUUUGAUCACUCAGAUUGUCAUUGCCCAGCAUGUCAUAAAUGAUGCUGUGUGAUGUCAAGACACAGGAUUUUAUAUCAAUUCAGUUUAACAUGUCAGCUCAGUGCCUCAGGUUUUGGAAUACUUUCAAGUUGGAAUGGUUUCCAUCUGCAGUAACCACACACAAGAGACAGUGUUAUACCCUUGUUUCUUCACUUAAUUGAAGAGCACGGUAAAAAUCAGGAGAAUUGUAAUGGGCCUAGGGAUGAGCACUCCUGACACUGCAACCACUUAAUAUAAUAUUGACUCCUGUUCCUAAUGGGUGCAGUAUCACUCAUUCAGGGUGCAUGUCACUCUUUUUUAGAGGGACCAAUGGGUUUUGUGUGUGCCAUUUAUGUUUCACUUUAAGCCCUAGGCAUUACUUACAUCUAAUGUUAAUCUUGGCUCAAAUGGAGCUUAUGUGGUGCCCAGCGCUCAAAGCAGAUGCACUAGCUAUGCACACUAAGUUGAAAUCUACCUGGGCCUAUUAGAGAAGUGGGAAGCACAACUCAAGAACUUAGUAUGCAAAGUUUGGCUUGUCUGCUUCAAAAGAAAUGCUGAGAAGCAAACAGUUUUCCAAAUAUGGUAAUGUAAUUAGGCCAAUUAAGUCCGUCAUCUGAUUUUCAGCAACAAUAUUCACAAAAGUGUGUUUAAUGCAGUGGAAAAACUAUACUACAUAAUAGUUAUUAAGGAAAGGCCAAUAAAACUGUGAGCUCUCAGAAGGAAAUAGAGAGAGCUGGGUUUUAUAUAUACAGAUUGGGUAUAUCUAAUUUUAUGUAGAAGAAUAAUUCCACAUUGGCAGAAGUUGGUUGGUAUGGUUAAAGUCAGGGAUGAUUUUGUUUUGAGGGGCUGAACUGGAUGAUCUCAUGAGGCCCUUUACAGCCCUAUUUCUUAUGCUCCUAAGUUUUAUGUUAGUAUUUUUUAACUACAUUUUAAAAAGAUCUUUCCCCUUAUAUUUGUCAAAGAUGUUUUUUUUUUUCUGGCAAAUUCUUUGUAGAAGUUGGUUUUAAACUAAACAAAUGGUUUUUUUUGACAAGUGCCUAUUUUCUGCAUGUGUCAUGGAAGAAGAUGGGACACCAUGGAAAAUGCUCUCUGAUCAGGGAGAUAAGCCCAUAGAAGAGAAUGGCAGUAAAUGGAGAGGGACAGACAGGCACCUGGGGUCUGAGGUGUUAUGCAAUGUCCUUUUAACCAAAAUAUUGUUGCUUUCCAUAGCUUGCCAUUUUAGUCACUCAAACAUAGAGUAGUAAUAUUUUUCCUGAACUAUCUUCCGAAGAUACCAUUCAGAUUGUUGGUAUGUGUUGUGGGGCCCUUACUCAAGCAAACAGUCCCUGACUUUUUGCAAGUAAGUCCUGUUGAACUGAACUGGACUUCUUGCAUGAUGAAGAGUUACAUUUAUUAAGUUGCUUAGUACCAAAUACAUUUGUGUUUGGACAUAUGGAUAUUAAGAUUACUCAGAUUUGCUUUGGAUAAAAACCAUAAAGAUCAGGAGUGAAACCCUGGCCCAAUUAAUGUCAAUGUCACUGCUACUGUUGACUUCAGUGAAACCAGGAUGUGAGCCCAGAUGCCUAUCUCUACUCUCUCAAGCUAUAGAGUACACAAACCCAGUUUCAUAACAGUUGGCUUUCUGUUCAGAUUUCUAACUCUUUCUAAGAAAUUCUGCUGGAUAUAAAUACAGCCAAAAUAACUUCUAACACUUAUCCUGUUAGUGCCAGCCUCAGCUCACAACUGAAGAAAUGCAAAAAAUGAAAUUGGUAAAAUUAUCCAAAUUGUUAACUGGCCCUGGAAAAUCAUUAGAUACAUUUUGAAUGGAAUGUUACAUGAUUUCAUUCAAAUUUGCUCAAACUAAUUCAAAUAUAGAGUUGGGCACAGAAAAGCAUAUUCUUAAAUACAAAUUCUAUGAGCAGUGUUCGCCAGUUUCAAAAAUAUCAUCACACCUGUGACAUGCAGUAUGGAUAUGGAUUAAAUAUGGCAGCAUAAUAAUAUUUGGAGAUACAUUAUGGAUGUAAAAGUGAUAUUACCCCUUCUCAGUCAGGACAUAAAUUAACAACUUGGACCUGGGAAGAAACUUCCUUUCCUUUCAGGUGUCCCGUAGUAUACUAGCCUUUGUCAGACACAGGAGAGUAGAUUAGAUGGACCAUUGGUUGGAUAUUUUACAGCAUUUUCCAUGUGCCUAAAGACAGUUGUUAGAAAGCUACAAAAUUCUCAUUCUUUAAUGCCAAGGCCCACAUGGCAUUUAAGCCAUUAACAGGUUGAUUGUGCCUUAAGUAAUAACCCAGCUGUAUGUGCAAGUCAAUUAAAGGCAUGAUAAUUCAGUAAAUGAGCCACAAAGUUAUUCCACAUAUAUGUGGAUAUAUGCUAUUCUUUUAUAAUGUAGAAUGAUUCUGUGGCUCAUUUGUAUCAUGCCCAGGUUUGUAGUUGCAGUAGCCUGAUGCCAUGCUUGCUAUGCACCCAGCUGAUUGUCAGGUUGGGCUCCUCCUACAUGCAUGUGUGGCAUGGCAGAAUACAUGACUCUUGGAAUCAAAGAUUAGAUCCCAUCAUGUCUUAAAGUGAACAUCUGUCAGGGGCCCAAGAUAAAGAGAUUCAGAGGAAUUUAUUACAAAGCCUCUUAUAGUUUUAGUGUGCUUUGAUUUUCCUGUGUUCUGCUACACAGACUACCACAAAUGACUCAGUACAUACAGAUGCAUGCAUAUAUACAGAAGACAAUAGAUUCACCUUGUAGGAGGAGUUGCUUGCAGGACAAGGGUCAGAUAGACAAUUUGAGUUUCAACUAAAUAUCUAGGGGUCCAUAAAUCAUCAUUGCUUCUUAAAAUAAGAUUUGGGAUAUAAAAAUUACAAACGAUGCCAUGAAGAAUUUCAGCCAUCCCACUCUUAGUAAGUUGAAAAGGAAAAAGAUAAAGAGAAACAGGACACAGGGUUUGUCCCUCUUCUAUCCAUUACUGCAACAUCUUGGUGAUGUGUGGUGCCAGAGUGGCUAAGAUUUCUUGCUACAGCUCUAGAGGCUUGAGUAUGUGCUCCACUGUAGACUCAUUGCAAAAGCAACCCCCACCCAACCCAGCUGUAGAUUUGUACCUGACUGUACAGGCUGGGGAAUCAAAGGUGGCUAAAUGUAAUACCAGCUACUUCACUCCUUUAUGUACCCUUGCCCAUAGAAACUGAUGUGCCAUAACCAUACUUAGUUCAGGCAUUUGUUAAAUUUGAUUCCUGUACCUUUGUGGUGCUUAACCAUCUAAGCAGGUGCUAUUUCCAUGGAGAUAGAUUCUUCUUCAUUAAUUUCAAUGUGACAGCUCAUGGAGUAUAAUGAUUCUCUUAGGUACCAAUGGUGCCUUCCCCUUAAAGGCCUGAAAUCUCACUUUUGUCUUUUUUAAAUGUCGCUCUUGCUGAUCCUGGGAGUUUCUAGGUCUUUCCAGGUUGCUGCACAUUACAUCUCUCUCCAGGUUUAAAAGCCAGCCUUGAUGCUAAUAAUCAAAAUUGAGCUUUAACUUGUGUUUAGUCAGUUAGUUAGUUAUUAAGUGCCCAAUGGAAAACAAAACCAAAGAUACUUAAAAUAUUCUUCAGAUUUAUGUUAACCAAAUGUCCUUGAAAAAGCUUCAUUACUAGCAAGGGAAAUUUUUGAGAAAUAUUCACUGCCAGAAAUUGUUCCAGGAAAGGGAGCAGUAUAGGCAUUUGGGCUGUAGCUGCCGCUUCUCUCCUGCUCUCCGUGCCUUUCCCAGACCUGUGAUUACUCUGGAAAAGGCACAGGGAGUAGCAGCUGCUCCAUUCUCCCUGGUUCUGGGAAGUAGUGGGGCAAAGUCCCCUGCCCACAUCUCAGACAGGGAACCCCACACACAGGACUGAGCACAAGGCCCUUAAAAUGUCAUGUGUUGGGAAGGAAGCUCCCAAACUGCCCAGUUUGGGGAAGAGGCAGGAAGCAGUGGCUGCUGUUCCCCUUCCCUCUCUGACCUAUCCAGUGGGGCAAAGAUCUCCUCCCAUUCCCUGAAUUGGGAACUGUCUUUUUUGGGGUAAAGGCAGGGAACAGCUACUAUUGCUGCUCCCCUCUUCUCCCGAACCAGGCCAGGAGGGGAGCAUGCAAGUAUUCACUCUUGUGAGAGAGUUUCUCUUGCAAGGGAGAUCUUACAGGUUGAGACCUGAAAUAUCUUUCUCCUAGAGGAGACAUGUUUCUCCUGGGAGAAAUUGAAUCCAUGCCUGUAUGCUUGUAUAGUUUCUACUGGUAGAGCUUCAGUUUUCCCCGUAGAAGCAUAAAACCUGUAUGCGGCCAGUGUCUCAUGAGCUCUUAUUCAUUCCCACUAUCUCUGGACUCUCUUGUAACCAAUGUCUGCUUUCAUGACGGCCCUUCCUCUAUACCUGCAGUGCUGUGCUUUAACACUGCCAGCCUACCAACUAGACCUAGACUUGGACCUAAAUCCAGACCCACCAACUGCACCUAGCUUACCAAAUGAUUUCACAAUGUACAGCUAGUACCUGCAGCUUCAAAAUUGCACACAUUUUUUGGAAAAUACUGAAAAUCAAUAUUUGUCCCUCAUCAAAAGGGCCACAGUACACCCCAAGGUGGAAGGUCUGACAAUAAUCCUUUUAGCAUCCUUCUCAUUUUAAAUACAAUUCUUUAUUUUCAAAUGUUUUUGUUUGUUUGUCCAGUAUUCAGACAUUAGCUUCUGGUCAGGGUUGACAAAAAAUAGAUAAAAUUUAUCCAAUAUGGGCAUUGUAGUGUGUGAGCUCAAAGAAAUUAUCUCUGUUACAACUCAAACCAAAAAUGAAAAUAUAUGAACCCCUGCCCCCCACUCCCUUUACAGAUUUGGCUCUUAAGUAUGCAAGCCCUUAAUGCUUAGGGCAUGUUUCCUCCACCUCAGGACUAUGCCAGAGAGUGCAAAAGCCCCCCACCAAAACCUAUUUAAGCAGUGCUAGCACCUGCCAAUAAACAUAGUCAAGAUAGCUAAUGAGCAGCACUGGGCAAGUGCCCAUCAGCAGCUACAUUAUAUUUCGGGACUCUAGCAUGGAGUUGGAUGCUCUGUGGCACUCCUUAGCAUAGUUGAAGAUGUAAGCAUGCCCUCAGGAGACUUAUGUACACGCUGAAUUUUCCAUGCUGAGUAUUUCCAUCAACUUUCUUGGUGCUUUUUCCAGUAUGUGAAGUUAUGCAUGUGUUUAGCUCUUUGAAGAAGCAAGAUCUUAUGAGCUCAUCUUUACACACAUGAGUAGCCCCAUUGAGUUUAUGCACAUGUGUAAUGGACUUACAUGCAUAAAUGACUGCUGAAUUAGGGUGAUGAGCUGGAGUACAGAAGGGGCAAUAAGUCUUAAACUAGUUAAUAUAAAAGUCCAUCUUUCCCCUUGUGCAGGGGAACUUUUACGGUUUUAAAUGAGGAAUUUGUAUUCUUAUGCUAAAUAUGCUUAUUUAUAAAAUAUUCCAAAGGUUAUGUACAAGUUUUCUUCAAGUAUUAUUCAACGGGUCCCACAGAUGGGGGAUUUAUUACAGAUUCAAUUGCUGUAAAAUAUGUAAUUAUCUAAAAAGGAAUAGUAAAUACCAGAUGACUCAAGAGGCAGAGCUGCAUCUGAUAUGUCUUUUUUACCUGGAUUUCAUUUUUCUGUCAGUCUAUUGUAUUUCCUACUUGUUUCUCUUUGCAUAAAAACUUGAGUGAAUAAAUUACAAACAACUGAUGAAUUUAAAAAGCUAGAUUACAGCAUAUACUGUUUGGGAUCUGGCUAUGUUUCCAACUUGAAAAAGUCAUUGUUGUAAUGUGUAAUAUUUGUAAAAUGUAAUAAAGAACAGAAAGAUCUGG